AUGGCCUCCGGAGUCCCAGGUACCGCUAUGUAAGUUCUCAUCACAAUUUUCAAAAUCCCAGGCGCAUCACUGCCAUCUCAACCCCACCAACUUUAUCGCGGCGAAGGCGAAUAUACCACAUCCUCAAUUUCGCCCUCUUGAGCCACUCUGACUGAUUGGAAAUAGCUCAAAGCGCCGCAAGUUCGUUGCCGAUGGCAAGUUUUUCUGAUUCCGCUAUCAAUCCGACCGAAAUCUAAUAUCGUCCAGGUGUCUUCUAUGCUGAGUUGAACGAGUUCUUCCAGCGUGAGUUGGCUGAGGAGGGAUACUCAGGAGUUGAAGUCAGAGUCACACCAACUGUACGAUUCCCGAAAUCCACUCUGCGACUUGAAAUAUCAUACUAACUCGCAGAAAGGUCACCGACAUCAUCAUCCGAGCCACACACACACAAGAGGUUUUGGGCGAGCAGGGACGACGCAUCCGCGAGUUGACCUCCCUCAUCCAAAAGCGAUUCAAAUUCCCAGAAAACUCCGUCUCCCUAUACGCCGCAAAGGUCCAAAACCGUGGUCUCUCCGCCGUCGCACAAUGCGAGUCUCUCCGAUACAAGCUCCUCAACGGUCUUGCCGUCCGAAGAGCAUGCUAUGGUGUUCUCCGAUUCAUCAUGGAGUCUGGUGCUAAGGGAUGUGAGGUGGUCGUUUCCGGAAAAUUACGUGCUGCUCGUGCCAAGUCCAUGAAGUUCACUGAUGGCUUCAUGAUUCACUCUGGUCAGCCAGCAAAGGAUUUCAUCGAUUCAGCAACCCGUCACGUUCUCCUUAGACAGGGUGUCCUCGGUAUCAAGGUCAAGAUCAUGAGAGGAUCAGACCCAGAGGGCAAGAACGGACCAACCAAGACUCUGCCAGACAGUGUUACGGUUAUUGAGCCAAAGGAGGAGCAAAGUGUUGUUCAACCAAUGAGCCAGGAUUACGGUGCAAAGGCCGCCGCUGCACAGGCAGCUGCUGAGGCACAACGUAGUGCCGAGCAAGGUGGUGAGGAGGGCGCCGUGGCUGAGGAAUAG